AUGCGGAAAUGUGUGAUAAAGCGCCAUGGACGGCUAAAGUUUCCCUUAGGCACCAGUUUUCUAACGUUGGGGCACGACUUACAUGCAAUGGUACCCAGCAAUGAAUUGUACUAUGAUCCACCAAAGCUGCGUCAUCGCCUUGACAAGGAUGGUUACUUGUAUUUUAAGAACAUUAUUCCCCGCGUUGUCCUCGAUACAGCGAUUGAUGACUUGGGAAAUCAAAUGCUACAGUGUGGAUGGACGCGUGCAGAGGACCGGGCGGAGCAGAUGUCACGUGAUGGUGUCACUCUUGGUGUGCCCUUCCCAUCCACCGGGAAGCUGCCGCCGCCGCAGAUUAAGUACACAGACUCCCUGCGCUCUGCCGUAAGUGGGACAAAUGUCAUGGCCCUCGUUCGACAGGUCUUUGGUGACGCCGUAAACGUGACAGAUGUACAGUCGCUGCACCUUGCCGCCCCGCAGGAGACGUUUGGUCUUCGUAUGUCAAGUGUGUACUUGAACAAGGGGACAAAAUUGGCCCUUGUGGUGCUUGUCCCCCUGCAUGACAUUCCUUUUCAGAUGGGCACACCUGUGGUGGUGAAGGGCAGCAACUCCACCGAAUCGUACAUGAUGCUUCGAAGUACGUACGGCCAGCACGAGGUGGAGAGCGGUAAUAUUCGGGGUGAUGGCUGCUACACACACGAUCCUCAGGAGUUGCUGCCGUUAGGUAAACAAGCAGGCAUCGAUGAGGUGACGGGUCGCACCAUAACGAUCGACGUGAAUCCUUUUGUGUCGACGACAUUUGAAGUGGGUGACGUGCUCCUGCUAACUGUGUACACCAUGUACGCUUUCCUCACAAACACCACGAACGCCUGGCGCAUCAUGGCCGAGGCGGUGUGGACAAUGGAGGGGGAUGACGUCGGUCCCGAUCCUCGCUACGUGGGGGCGGACGCUCCCGGCCUCAGCAGCUGGUACGCUAAUCGCGAUGAUCCGGUGAAAUACACACAAACAAUGGAUGAGGCAAAGCGGGCCUGGGGACUUCUGCCAAGUGUCCCUCCUGAGGUCUAA